CACCAUUAAUACUGAUCAUUAUUUAUUAUUAUUAUUAUUUAUUUGCGAUCGCGGUUGCUGUUUCCAACAGGCACAUAGAACGAAGAUUUAAAGCCCGCCCAAGGAGUGAACAUUACUGGAUAUUAAUUAAAGAGCCACAAAAUGAGGAACUUUAUUUUGGAUCGAUGCAUAUGUCAAAAUCGUCAUAUCAAACAUUGUGUACUUUGAUUGAACCUCACUUGCCGAAACAGAAGGUUCACUUGACUAUUCCUGUUGCACCAGAAAAGCAAAUCGUCAUUUGUUUAUACAAAUUAGCUUCAUGUGCCGAAUAUCGGGUGGUAGGAGAUGUUUCUGGAGUUCAUAAAUCUACUGUGCACAAAUACUUCCACAUAGUAUUGGAGUCUAUUUUAAAACUUACCAAGGACUUUAUAAAAUUUCCCGACUUGGGGGAAUCUCUUCAAAUCGCUAAGAUAGGUAGAAUAGAUGGUUCACAUAUUCCCGUUUUGCCACCUUCUAAAGGAUAUUUGGACUACAAUAAUCGCAAAGGAUGGCCAUCGGUGGUAAUGCAGGCUAUUGUGGACGACAAAUAUAUAGGGGAAGACUUCAAGCAUGCAUUGAUCUCAUCUGCCGGUGUUGAUCGUGGAAUCACGGGCAAUGUUUGUCGAAAGUCACCUGGCAAUAAUACAAAGCUGUUGAUUUCCACGUAA